AGGCCUCUCUCUCUCUCUCAAACGCUUCAAUCUCUCUCUCCCCUCUUUCUCUCUAAAACUCAGUUUUCUGCCUCCUUGAAACCGAUCAAACACAGGUAUAGAACGCAAGAAAAUUUGGCGCUGGUUUUCUCGCACUCGUAGAGAAUCACACAAUAGGCAUGGGGAGGCUACAAGUGCUGAAGUCCUUGGAUGCAUUUCCUCGUGCUGAGGAACACUUGUUGCAGAAGACCCAAUCCGGAGCUGUUGUCUCGAUCAUGGGGCUUGUCAUAAUGGCUACACUAUUUGUGCAUGAGUUGAAAUACUAUCUUGCAACUUACACUGUGCACCAGAUGUCUGUAGAUUUGAAGCGUGGGGAAACCCUUCCAAUCCAUAUAAAUAUGACAUUUCCUGCACUACCUUGCGAGGUUUUAAGUGUGGAUGCUAUUGACAUGUCAGGAAAGCAUGAGGUAGACCUUGAUACAAAUAUAUGGAAACUUCGCUUGAAUAAUGAUGGUUACAUUAUUGGCCAUGAGUUCAUUUCUGAUCUCGUUGAAAAGGAACACGAAUCUCACAAGCACGGGUCAAAUGGUGAUAAGAGCAAUCAUGAGGAAUCCUCUUUAGAAGUACAUGCCCAUGGUUUUGGUAAAGAUCCUGAGAAAAUGGUCAAGAGUGUGAAGCAGGCAUUAGCAGAUGGGGAAGGAUGCCAGGUUUAUGGUGUUCUGGAUGUUCAAAGAGUUGCUGGGAACUUCCAUAUCUCAGUUCAUGGUUUAAAUAUAUUUGUCGCUCAACAGAUAUUUGAGGGAGCAAUGCAUGUAAAUGUGAGCCAUGAAAUUCAUGAUCUGUCAUUUGGCCCCAAGUACCCAGGAAUUCAGAAUCCACUUGAUGGUACUAAAAGAAUUCUAAGAGAUGCGAGUGGUACCUUCAAAUAUUACAUCAAGAUUGUACCAACUGAGUACAGAUACAUAUGGAAGGAAGUUCUUCCAACAAAUCAAUUUUCUGUGACAGAGUAUUUUGUUCCAAUGCAUGAGUUUGACCGCACAUGGCCAGCUGUUUACUUUUUGUACGAUCUCUCGCCUAUCACUGUAACUAUCAAGGAGGAACGUCGCAGUUUUCUCCACUUCCUAACUCGUCUUUGUGCAGUUCUUGGUGGCACAUUUGCUCUAACAGGGAUGCUUGACCGCUGGAUGUACAGACUUCUGGAGGCAAUUACGAAGAAGCAUUCAUCCAUUAUUGGCAAAUUCUAGCAGAAUGUACAAGGCAUCACUAAAUAUCAAGAAGUAAAACCGCCUAAGCCAUCCGUACAGAGUGUCAGGCAAGUUUGGAAGUGCUUAUAGGCUGUUGUGCUGCAGUCCUAUUUCUUCUUGACAUUGGGAAUGCAGCUUAAUCUAAAUCCCCAUAUUGGGGUGACCUUGUGGAUUAUGCAUCUGUUUUGUGGUCAUGAGAAUAGUCACAGGUUUUGGAUUUCAGGAAAUAUUUGAAUUCAGUUGAUUGGGAGUAGUUUGAGAUACAUAUCCUUGGUUUUUGUAAUUUUUUGUACGUUGGCAUAGUUGUCAUUAAUAGAAUUAAUUGAUGUUUUCGUCUUGUUUCUA